AUGCACCGGGAAGGGAUGGUAAGUGAAAGAGAAUUGUGGACAACUAGGUUGAGAGAUAUUCGGCUAUGGGCUUCUUACAGAGGCCAGACACUGACCCACACGACUGCGGGAAUGAUGUACUACAAUCGGAGUCUUGACAUGCUGACUUUUCUACAUUCAACACACGAGAUAGACAUCAUGGAAGGAUCUCAGCAACUUCAUUUCAUGAGCCUCAAUGAUAAUAAAGAUAGAUUGCGCUCAAUAAUGUCAUCCCCUUCAAAAACUUCAGUCGAUGAAAUUUGCUUUCUGAUUAAAUUCACUUACGUAGUUGCUUAUCGAUUAUAUGGCACUCAGAAGGUCGAAAAGGAUCAGCGUGCUGAGGAAAUCUUGAAUCUGUUGAAAGACAAUGAAGCUCUCCGUGUUGCUUACAUUGAUGCGGUGUCCAAAGAGAAGACUGAAAAACAGUAUUAUUCUGGUGAAAUAUGA